AUGGGAGCCGGUGCUAGUGUGGAGGCGAAACACUCCCGGGAGCUAGAGAAGAAGCUGAAGGAAGAUGCUGAGAAGGAUGCCAGGACAGUCAAACUACUGCUUCUUGGUUACAGGAUUCUGGGACUAUCCAAAAAGGAACAGGUCCACAUUCAGGAACUGGAUCAGUUAACUCUUGACUGGUACUUCAUUAAGGCCUAUCAAAGGGUUGCCUGUUCAGAGUGUGGACUGUAUUGUUGUGAGGGAUUGCCUUUUUCUCAUAAAACCACUUGUCCAAUUUUGAGAUAUAAGAAGAAGAGACUGGCCAGGACCAAGCUGGUUGUGCUACCAGAUGAUGCACGCAAGCUGUUGCACUUGGCAGACACCAUUGAAGAAGGCAGCAUGCCUAAAGAGAUGUCAGACAUAAUCUGCCGACUCUGGGAAGACCCAAGCAUUCAGGCCUGUUUUGAGAGGGCCUCGGAGUACCAGCUGAACGACUCGGCCGGCUAUUAUCUGAGUGACCUGCGACGGCUGGUGGCACCUGGAUAUAUCCCAACGGAACAGGAUGUUCUCCGCUCCAGGGUGAAGACCACGGGUAUAAUUGAAACUCAGUUUUCCGUGAAGGAUCUCAGCUUCAGGAUGUUUGAUGUAGGUGGCCAACGCUCUGAACGCAAGAAAUGGAUCCAUUGUUUUGAAGGAGUCACUUGCAUCAUCUUCAUCGCAGCCCUCAGUGCCUAUGACAUGGUCCUGGUGGAAGAUGACGAUGUGAAUCGCAUGCAUGAAAGUUUGCACCUGUUCAACAGCAUCUGCAACCAUCGGUACUUCGCCACCACUUCUAUCGUUCUUUUCCUCAACAAGAAAGAUGUCUUCCAGGAGAAAAUCAAGAAAGCCCAUCUCAGCAUCUGCUUUCCAGAUUAUGAUGGCCCCAACACAUACGAGGAUGCAGGAGCCUAUAUCAAGGUGCAGUUCCUGGAGCUAAACAUGAGACGGGAUGUGAAGGAAAUCUACUCACACAUGACCUGCGCUACCGACACAGAGAAUGUCAAGUUUGUCUUUGAUGCAGUCACUGACAUCAUCAUCAAAGAGAACCUGAAGGACUGUGGCCUCUUCUGAUGCAGGUUCUUGGCUUUCUAACCUGGUCAAAUUUGCCCAGCUGAAAUAUGG